AUGAAGUCGGAGACGGUGACUUAUGCCAGUCUUGGUGCGGCAACAUGCAUCGCCUUGAUUACAUGUCUUGCUGGUGCCCUGGCUCAAGGGAACAAUAGCACGAGUGAACCGGUUGUCCUUACUGUCGCAGGUGAGGGCGGGAAUAAGUCUAGUCCACUGCUCUAUGGAAUUAUGUUCGAAGAAAUGGAUCAUAGCGGCGAUGGUGGUAUACACUCACAGCUUUUGCAAAACAACGGCUUUCAAGGGACCUCUCUUGGACUUACAAGCUAUGCACCAUUGGGAAAUGUGACUAUCUCCCAAGAUGGCUCGAAACCUGUCAGCGACGCCAUCACGUCCUCACUCGAGGUUGCAGUGCCUGACGGUGUCACGGACUAUGUCGGUUUUGCAAAUCUGGGCUAUAAAGGAAUUACUGUUCUGAAGGCUACCUACAAGACGACCUUUUGGAUGAGAGGGAAGUACUCGGGAAAAAUAAAUAUCCAACUCGUUGGAUCGAAUAGCUCUAUCGUUUAUGCCGAUCACAACGUAUCUGUGAAGAGUACAGACUCGAAGUUUACAGAGGUUGAAACAUCCCUCAAUACUACCCACUCUCCUGAUGGAGAAAAUGAGUGGCGCCUGACUUUUGAUGGCUCGAAAGUGGGUGGUAGUUCACUUAACUUUGGGUAUAUUCAGCUUUAUCCGCCGACAUUCAAAGACAGAGAUAAUGGUCUGCGAGACGAUGUGGCUUCGUUUCUGGAUGAGGUCAAUCCAGCAUUUCUUCGAUUCCCAGGUGGAAACAACAUCGAAGGGUUGGAAGUUGAUAAUCGAUGGAAGUGGAAUACCACAAUCGGACCCGUGGUCGAUCGUCCAGGGAGAGAAAGUGAUUGGUUUUAUCCCAACACAGACGCGCUUGGACUAGACGAAUAUCUCUGGUGGUGUGAAGACAUGAACAUGGCACCGCUGUUAGCCGUCUGGGCAGGAAAGUCAUACGGGGAUAUCAUAUCGGGCUCCGACCUCGAACCCUUUGUGGACGAUAUCAUGAAUGAGAUGGAAUACCUCUUCGGAGACUCGUCCACUCAUUACGGCAAGAUGCGGAUCCAGAACGGCCGGAAGGAUGCUUGGAAAGUUGAGUAUAUCGAAAUCGGAAACGAAGACGACCUCACUGGUGGCUGUGACACCUACCCGGAUCGGUUCAACCAGAUCUACAAAGCCAUCCACGACAAGUAUCCAGAUGUCAAAUUCGUUGCAUCCAACGGAGACUUCUCCUGCCUCCCAUCACCCCUUCCAAAGGAUGUUAUCAUUGAUCUGCAUCUGUACCGGAAGCCGGACGACUUUGUCAAAUUGUUCAACCAAUUUGAUAACCAGCCGCGGGAUCAGCCUGUGAUGAUUGGCGAAUAUGGAGCUCGGAACACGUCAAGUGCCGAGGGAGUGUACUGGCCGUAUAUGCAAGGAAGCUGCAGCGAGGCUGUGUAUAUGAUGGGGAUGGAGCGCAACAGUGACAUUGUGAAGAUGGCAGCCUAUGCUCCAUUGCUCGAGCACUUUGACUACAUAUCCUGGUCGCCAACCUUGUACGGCUUUAAUGCGACCCCUGGCAGCAUUACUCCGUCCACUUCCUAUUUUGUUCAGAAGCUUUUCGCUUCCAACAAGGGUGACACUGUUGUCCCUGUCGAUUCAACGGCGGACUUCGGGCCUGUUUACUGGGUUGCUUCUAGGACGGGUUCAAAAACAUAUCUGAAGCUUGCAAAUUAUGGAGAAGAUCAGCAAACUGUCCAAGUCAGUAUUCCAGGUGCGAAGACUGGAAAGCUGGAAAUGCUUUCUAGUCCUCAGUAUCAUGGCAACACACCUUUUAAUGUGCAAGCUCAGACUGUCACAACGAGUGUGUUCAAUCCAUCGGGCAAUUAUUCAGUCAGUAUGGAUCCCUGGGCAGUUGCAGUUCUGUCAGUGUCAUGA